AGAGUCGACCACCUUCUGAAACAAGAGCGUCUCACUGAUGCCCUGGCUCUAGCUUGGUCUUUUUAUGAAGGUAAAGGAAAGGCUGUAGUAGGCUUGUCUGGGGACACAAGCAAGCGGAAGGUAGUCAUUGCAGACAGGAUGGUUGAAAUCCUUCUCCAUUACGCUGAUCGGACUUUGAAGAAAUGUCCUGACCAAGGGAAAAUCCAGGUUAUGGAGCAACAUUUUCAGGAUGUGGUGCCCGUCAUAGUUGAUUACUGUCUCUUACUCCAGCGCAUGGAUCUAUUAUUUAACCAGAUAUAUGAUAAGAUGAGUGAGAAUUCUGUAGCUAAAGGUAUCUUUCUGGAAUGCUUGGAGCCAUAUAUCUUAAGUGAUAAACUGAUGGGAAUCACAGCUCAAGUGAUGAAAGACUUGCUGCUUCACUUCCAAGACAAGAACAGGUUGGAAAACUUGGAAGCCUGCAUUGUGCAUAUGGAUAUCACCAGCUUAGACAUACAGCAGGUAGUUCUUUUAUGCUGGGAAAACCAUCUUUAUGAUGCCAUGAUCUACGUCUAUAACAGUGGAAUGAAUGACUUCAUUAGUCCCAUGGAGAAGCUGUUCAAAGUCAUUGCUCCUCCACUGAGUGCUGGGAAGUCUCUCACAGAUGAGCAGGUGGUAAUGGGCAACAAGCUGCUUGUAUAUAUAAGCUGCUGCUUGGCAGGCCGUGCAUAUCCAUUGGGCGAUAUUCCUGAAGAUCUGGUACCUUUGGUUAAAAAUCAGGUCUUUGAAUUUCUCAUCCGACUGCAUUCAACUGAGGGAUCUGUGGAUGAAGAGGUCUACCCUUAUGUUCGUACCUUGCUGCACUUUGACACUCGGGAAUUCCUUAAUGUUCUUGCUCUGACUUUUGAAGACUUUAAGAAUGACAAGCAAGCUGUGGAAUAUCAGCAGAGAAUUGUGGACAUACUUCUGAAAGUCAUGGUAGAGAAUUCUGACUUCACCCCAUCGCAGGUUGGCUGUCUCUUUACCUUCCUUGCCCGUCAGCUCGCCAAACCCAACAACACGUUGUUUGUGAACAGGACGCUUUUUGACCAGGUCCUUGAAUUUCUGUGCAGUCCAGAUGAUGACUCCCGCCAUUCGGAAAGGCAACAGGUCCUUUUAGAAUUGCUCCAGGCGGGAGGGAUAGUACAGUUUGAAGAGAGCCGUCUUAUCCAAAUGGCAGAAAAAGCUGAAUUCUAUCAGAUUUGCGAGUUCAUGUAUGAACGGCAGCUUCGCUAUGACAAAAUAAUUGGCUGUUACCUGCGUGAUCCAGUGAGAAAGGAAGAAGUUUUCAACUAUAUUCACAACAUCCUGUCCAUGCCUGGCUACAGUGCUGAAGAAAAGCAGUUGGUGUGGCAGAAAGCUUUGGAACAUAUAGAGGAGUUGCUGUUGCUGAGCCCGUGUAAAGCUGCCGACUUGGUGGCCAUUCACUUCAGUGAGCAGAUUGAGAACAUUAUUACAAACCUUCAGGACCAGUUCUUACUCUUCCAGUUUCUGAGGAGUCUCCUUGAUCCGAGAGAAGGCAUUAACCAAGACCUGAUACGCUUGCCACCCUGCAUCACUGAGCAGUUCAUUGAGCUGCUGUGUCAGUACAGCCCAGACCAGGUUUUGGAGACACUUAAAGUUCUGGAAUACUGCAGACUGGAAGAAACCAUCCAGAUAACCCAGAAACAUCAGCUCCAUGAAGCUUCUUCAUAUUUACUGGAGAAGAAGGGAGAUAUCCAUGCUGCCUUUCUGGUUAUGCUUGAGCGAUUGCAGAGCAAGUUGCUGAUGCUUACGCAAGAUGAUGAAAGCUCAGCUGAACUCCCCUUGCUAGAAAACAUUGAAGAUACCUUAAUGAAAACAAUUGCCCUUUGCCAGAGAAAUUCCCACAAUUUGGACCAGCAACAGCGAGAGGCCCUCUGGUUUCCCCUGCUGGAGGCUAUGAUGUCCCCACAGAAAUUAUCUGGUUCUUCACAGUGUCAAUACUCCGAAUCUUUGAAGAGUUUGACAAUGCAAGUGCUGAACAACAUGGCUGCAUUUAUCGCUCUUCCUUCCAUCCUGCAGAGAAUUCUACAGGAUCCAGUUUAUGGAAAAGGGAAACUUGGAGAAAUUCAAGGACUUGUCCUGGGAAUGCUGGACACUUUUAACUAUGAACAAACCCUUUUAGAGACAACUACGAAUCUUUUAAACCACGAUCUCCACUGGUCCCUGUGUAACCUAAGAGCUUCUGUCACUAGAGGGCUUACCCCAAAGCAGGAUUACUGCUGCAUUUGUCUACAGCAGUACAAAAGAAGGCAGGAAACUGCUGAUGAAAUCAUUGUUUUCAGCUGUGGCCACUUGUAUCAUUCGCUGUGUCUGCUGAGUAAAGAGUGUGGGACGGUAACUAAAGGCCUGAUGAGGUGGAUGUGCUAUAAAUGCAACUCAAGUAACAAGGGAGGAAAACUGAGCGAGAACUUCUCAGAGCUAAAAAAAGGAAGUGGAGCAUCCUUGGCACAGGCCAGUUCAGAGUCUCUGUUGGAUCCUCAGCAAAUCCAAGCUUUUGACCAACUCUGCCGACUCAACCGAGGAACCUCCAGACUAGCUCUCCUGACAGAACUCUCUCGCGGCCACGGCAGUGAAAAGCACGGGCUGCUCAGCGUUUCCCACGGUGACCCGGCCACCAGCAGUGUCUUCCAGAACGAGAACUUCCAGCUCCACCUGGCCCCCCCUCCGCUGGCUGAAGACUAA